UGAGGAGACUUCAAGCUGCAGAAACAACACACCAUACUGGAACCAACACACCAUACUGGAACCAACACACCAUACUGGAACCAACACACCAUACUGGAACCAACACAUCCAGUAUCUUUCCAGCACACCCAGUAUCUUUCCAGCACACCCAGUAUCUUUCAACUCAAACACAGAGGCUUGGGGGAUUUUGCAGCUUUUACGCACAGCCCCGGAGCGUCUGGCGACUUGUUUCUUCUCUGCCAGCAGCAGGUUGUGUUGAAGAUCUCGGUUCAUUUGAGCAGUUGUGGGUCGGACCUGUUGUCUGCACAAUGUGGGGGGUCCAGCGGACGCGGUACGCAGACUGCAGCGGCUCCGAAGCCAGCGAGGAGCCGGAGGUCGCGGUGAACAUCGGCGGGGUGAAGCAGGUUCUGCAUGGGGACGUGUUGAGCCGCUACCCGGACACCCGGCUGGCCGAGCUGCUGGACUGUUCCCUCAAGUCUCCGGAGGAAAUAUCGUCCCUGUGUGACGACUACGACCCGGACACCGGAGAGUUUUAUUUCGACAGGGACCCCGAGGCGUUCAAGUGCGUAAUUGAGUUGUAUUAUUAUGGAGAGAUCCACAUGAAAAGAGGAAUCUGCCCCAUUUGCUUUAUGAAGGAGAUGGAGUUCUGGAAGAUCGACUCGGAUUUCCUGGACGAGUGCUGCACCUGGCACCUGCAGGAGGUGGAGGACGAACUUGCAGAGAUCGCAGAGAAAGUGAGAACGAUCCUGGUGGACAGAGAGGGAGACCCGUCUGCUGCGGGCUGGCAGCGGUUCCAGAUGUUCCUCUGGAGGCUGAUGGAGAAGCCGGAGACCUCCAUGCCUGCGCGCAUCAUCGCGAUCAUCUCCUUCAUCUUCAUCCUCGUCUCCUCCGUGGUCAUGUGCGUCGGGACCAUCCCCGACCUGCAGGUGGAGGACGCAGAGGGAAACCUCACGGAGCACCCGACUCUGGAGGUCAUCGAGACGCUGUGCAUCUGCUGGUUCACUGUUGAAUACUUCCUGCGUCUCAUCUCCGCCCCCAACAAAGUCAAAUUCGUGCUGGCUUUCAUGAACAUCGUCGACUUCAUGGCGAUCAUGCCCUUCUUCGUGGUGCUCAUCCUCACCUCCGUCGGCGCCGGGAUGAUGGAGCUGGCGAACGUGCAGCAGGCGGUGCAGGCUUUACGCAUAAUGCGCAUAGCGCGCAUCUUCAAGCUGGCACGUCAUUCCUCCGGACUCCAGACGCUCACAUCUGCCCUGAAGAGCAGCUUCAAAGAGCUCGGGCUGCUCCUCAUGUACAUGGGCGUGGGGGUCUUCCUUUUCUCCGCACUGGGCUACACCAUGGAGCAGAGCCACCCGGACACGCUGUUCACCAGCAUCCCACAGUCCUUCUGGUGGGCUGUGAUCACCAUGACCACCGUGGGCUACGGAGACGUCUACCCCAAGACCACUUUGGGUCGGUGCAACGCGGCCAUCAGCUUCCUCUGCGGGGUGAUCGCCAUCGCGCUGCCCAUCCACCCCAUCAUCAACAACUUCGUGCUGUUCUACAACAAGCAACAGGUGCUGGAGACUGCGGCCAAGCACGAAAUCGAGCUGAUGGCGCUGCGCUCCGGCCCCGGGGAGCUGGAGGCUGCACCCAGUGGCACCAUGCACUCCUGCCACAGUGAGGCAUACAUCCCUUUACUGAAGGAUCCCAGGGGAGGGGGUGCAGGCCUGUCGACCCCCAGCAAGGACACGAGCUUUGGAAGCACGGCCGAGACCACCGAGUAUUUUAUCUCGUGAACAAACAAACACCUGCAGAACAGAAGAACCAAACAUCAGUAAUAAUUCUCCACUGUUCAUUUUUGAUUGAUUCAAACUUAACCUCUGGGUUAAUGAUACAACGACGACUUGAGAUUGUAAAUAGCCUCAAUAGAAAAUGCAGCCAUGGCCUCUGAGGACCUUCAUAUUUUGAAGAAUUGCACCUAUUAAAGGGACAUCUAUUGACUUGAUGAGCUUUGCCUUUGCGCAGUGACUCCCUGUGGGCAGGGGCGAACUGUUUGAACGUGGAUUCCCCUUAUGCAGGCUCCUUAUAUAACUCCCCCAUCCCCAAUCCUCACACUCAGAUUGUUGUUGUCACAGUAGCGUAUUCCUUUGUACAGAAAUAUAUAUAUAUAUAUCACCAUGAAUGUUUGUUUUUUUGAAGUAAUAAAUUUAGAGUGCUCCUGUGAG